CUGCAGAGAGGAUCUAUUCUUAGGCUGUCUGUCCAGGCCAUCCGAGCAGGCAAGAACUCUUCUGCUUUUUUUUUUACUUUUUUGACUUUUUGUCAAGGAGGCUCCUCGGUGCCUGCCCGUACCCGGGUGUUUGGUCAUCCCGACUGGAGUGAGAACAACUGAGAAGAAAAGGGGGGAAAAAAGGACUUUACUGAUUUGCAACAAAGCUUUUGGCUUUAAACACACUUCAAGAUGAGCAAUUACACAGUAACCCUGUCAGGACCUGCACCAUGGGGCUUCAGACUGCAGGGUGGCAAAGAUUUCAACAUGUCCCUGACCAUCUCCCGGAUCACACCAGGCAGCAAGGCAGCGAGUGGAAACCUCAAUCAGGGAGACAUCAUUACAGCAAUCGAUGGGGUCAGCACUGAAGGCAUGACCCAUCUGGAGGCCCAGAACAAGAUAAAGGCAGCCACCACCAAACUUAGCCUCACCAUGCAGAGGUCGAGACGUCCCGCUCCAGUACCCACAGCCACUCCAAGAAUGGACUCCCCCAUGCCAGUCAUCCCUCACCAGAAGGAAACUACAGACACUGGGGAUGGAGAAGACGAAGAGCAACCUGUCAAAAAAUAUGGCAUCCUCUUAGCCAAAAAGCCUUCCAAAAAAUCUCUUAUUCCAAACACUGAGGAGAAACCUCAGGAGAAUGCAAUUCAUUCUCCGGCUAAAAGCCCUGUCCCAACUUAUUUGCCAUUCGGGCAAGGGAUGAAAACCACCCCAAACCAGAGGGGACAGUAUAAUUCUCCUAUAGGCCUGUAUUCAGCAGAAACUUUAAGGGAAAUGGUCAUGCAACAAGACAGUCUAAAUGGCCUGCCAUUCCUGGGUUCACUUCCUAUUAAAGACCCUCUCGUGGACAGUGCUUCUCCAGUCUACCAGGCCGUGAUCAAGCCUGAUGAUAAGGGCCUGGAGAUGUCUGAAUGGGCCCGUCGUGCCGCCAACCUGCAAUCCAAAUCCUUCCGCAUCCUUGCUCAUAUCACAGGAACUGAAUAUUUGCAAGAUCCAGAUGAGGAGGCUCUUAGAAAAUCAAGGGAGAAGUUUGAAUCUGAAGUAAAAGGCCCAAGAUUUGCCAAACUGAAAAACUGGCACCACGGCCUGUCUGCACAGAUCCUAAACAUCCAGGGGUAAAAAUGUCACCCGAUGUUGCUGGAAAAAAGUUGAGGCAGCAUUCAACCAGGAAUCAGGAAGUCGAUGUAAAGUGAAGUGCAAUGGGUCAAUAGGACAGAGAGGAGUAGUCUAGUGACUGGAAUGUGAGUUAGAGUUAUUAACUAGCCUGUAGACGAGUACAUAAAGCUCCUGUGUUCAAUGUUCAUAUGUCUGUUUGUUUCAUGUACAGUGCCUAUAGAAAAAUCAUCAUGCAGCUUUGAAAUAAUUACUUUAUUCAUCAUACAACCUGACAUCAAAUCGCGUUCCAAAUAACUCUUCCAGCCUUUGAAAUAUUUUGUAGCCUUCUCCUAACCUGUGCCUUUCUACAACUUUAUCUUGAAGGUCUUUUGAAAGCAGGGUGUAAUGCGAGUAAAGGGAUAGAUUUUCACACGGUGUGAUGACUUUCUAUAGGCAUUGUAACUUUCAGCCACUGAAACAUAGUGCAUAGUGCUUAGUUGUCAUUUUCUUUUUCAUUUUAUGUUUCUCUUUUGGCUGCUCUGUUUAUUCUAAAUUAUUGCUGAGUAAUGAAUUGCCUGAAUGAAUUGCUAAUGUAAAAAAAAAAAACUAACCCUUAGAGAAAUGAUAAAAUAUAUGUACCACAUCCACUUUAAUACACUACAGCACAUAUUGAAACCAAAUGUACUAUUGUCAAUGUGAAUAAAACAUUAUUACUUUUAACCAAAUAAACAACAGUGUUGCAAA